UUACAUCUGCGGAGGCUGUCCUGGGAUGGUCAAUAUUAUGAUCACCUUUCCAGUACAGAAGGUCCUCUUCCGACAGCAGCUGUUCGGUGUGAGCACCACCGAGGCCAUCCGGCAGCUGCAGAGGGAUGGAAUGCGAACCCUCUACCGUGGUCUGCUUCCUCCGCUGCUCCAGAAAACCACUUCAAUGGCCAUCAUGUUUGGGUUUUCCAAUGACAUGUCUCGGCUGCUGUCACGACCCGGCAGCAGCCCGGGGCUGUUGACCAGCAGUGUUGCGGCCAUGUUGGCCAGCACUGCGGAGGCAAGUCUGGCCCCCUUUGAAAGGGUCCAGACUCUGCUCCAGGACCAGCGACACCACGUCCGGUUUCAAAACACAUUCCAUACCUUCCGGACACUGGUGCGAGAACACGGCGCGAGUGAGCUAUACCGUGGCACAGUGCCAAUCUUGCUACGUAAUGGGCCCAGCAAUGCCCUUUUCCUUGGCCUCCGAGGGCCCAUCAGAAGCAGCCUGCCUCAGGCAGAGAACCACGCUACCCAGCUGGUCAGCGAUUUUGUCUCUGGCGGCGUACUGGGUGCCACAUUGGGUUUCCUCUAUUACCCACUUAACGUGUUAAAGGCUCACAAGCAGUCACAGGUGGGUGGAGCCUUCCAGUCAUCACAUGAGGUACUGCGCACCAUCUGGAGCGAGCGAGGUGGGAAAUUGAGCCACCUCUACCGAGGGGCUCAUCUGAAUUACAUCUGCGGAGGCUGUGCUGGGAUGUUCAAUAUUAUGAUCACCUUUCCAGUACAGAAGAUCCUCUUCCGACAGCAGCUGUUCGGUGUGAGCACCACCGAGGCCAUCCGGCAGCUGCAGAGGGAUGGAAUGCGAACCCUCUACCGUGGCCUGCUUCCUCCGCUGCUACAGAAAACCACUUCAAUGGCCAUCAUGUUUGGGUUUUCUAAUGACAUGUCUCGGCUGCUGUCACGACCCGGCAGCAGCCCGGGGCUGUUGACCAGCAGCGCUGCGGCCAUGUUGGCCGGCACUGCGGAGGCAGGUCUGGCCCCCUUUGAAAGGGUCCAGACUCUGCUCCAGGACCAGCGGCACCACGUCCGGUUUCAAAACACAUUCCAUACCUUCCGGACACUGGUGCGAGAACACGGCGCGAGUGAGCUAUACCGUGGCACAGUGCCAAUCUUGCUACGUAAUGGGCCCAGCAAUGCCCUUUUCCUUGGCCUCCGAGGGCCCAUCAGAAGCAGCCUGCCUCAGGCAGAGAACCACGCUACCCAGCUGGUCAGUGAUUUUGUCUCUGGCGGCGUACUGGGUGCCACAUUGGGUUUCCUCUAUUACCCACUUAACGUGUUAAAGGCUCACAAGCAGUCACAGGUGGGUGGAGCCUUCCAGUCAUCACAUGAGGUACUGCGCACCAUCUGGAGCGAGCGAGGUGGGAAAUUGAGCCACCUCUACCGAGGGGCUCAUCUGAAUUACAUCUGCGGAGGCUGUGCUGGGAUGUUCAAUAUUAUGAUCACCUUUCCAGUACAGAAGAUCCUCUUCCGACAGCAGCUGUUCGGUGUGAGCACCACCGAGGCCAUCCGGCAGCUGCAGAGGGAUGGAAUGCGAACCCUCUACCGUGGCCUGCUUCCUCCGCUGCUACAGAAAACCACUUCAAUGGCCAUCAUGUUUGGGUUUUCUAAUGACAUGUCUCGGCUGCUGUCACGACCCGGCAGCAGCCCGGGGCUGUUGACCAGCAGCGUUGCGGCCAUGUUGGCCGGCACUGCGGAGGCAGGUCUGGCCCCCUUUGAAAGGGUCCAGACUCUGCUCCAGGACCAGCGGCACCACGUCCGGUUUCAAAACACAUUCCAUACCUUCCGGACACUGGUGCGAGAACACGGCGCGAGUGAGCUAUACCGUGGCACAGUGCCAAUCUUGCUACGUAAUGGGCCCAGCAAUGCCCUUUUCCUUGGCCUCCGAGGGCCCAUCAGAAGCAGCCUGCCUCAGGCAGAGAACCACGCUACCCAGCUGGUCAGCGAUUUUGUCUCUGGCGGCGUACUGGGUGCCACAUUGGGUUUCCUCUAUUACCCACUUAACGUGUUAAAGGCUCACAAGCAGUCACAGGUGGGUGGAGCCUUCCAGUCAUCACAUGAGGUACUGCGCACCAUCUGGAGCGAGCGAGGUGGGAAAUUGAGCCACCUCUACCGAGGGGCUCAUCUGAAUUACAUCUGCGGAGGCUGUGCUGGGAUGUUCAAUAUUAUGAUCACCUUUCCAGUACAGAAGAUCCUCUUCCGACAGCAGCUGUUCGGUGUGAGCACCACCGAGGCCAUCCGGCAGCUGCAGAGGGAUGGAAUGCGAACCCUCUACCGUGGCCUGCUUCCUCCGCUGCUACAGAAAACCACUUCAAUGGCCAUCAUGUUUGGGUUUUCUAAUGACAUGUCUCGGCUGCUGUCACGACCCGGCAGCAGCCCGGGGCUGUUGACCAGCAGCGUUGCGGCCAUGUUGGCCGGCACUGCGGAGGCAGGUCUGGCCCCCUUUGAAAGGGUCCAGACUCUGCUCCAGGACCAGCGGCACCACAUCCGGUUUCAAAACACAUUCCAUACCUUCCGGACACUGGUGCGAGAACACGGCGCGAGUGAGCUAUACCGUGGCACAGUGCCAAUCUUGCUACGUAAUGGGCCCAGCAAUGCCCUUUUCCUUGGCCUCCGAGGGCCCAUCAGAAGCAGCCUGCCUCAGGCAGAGAACCACGCUACCCAGCUGGUCAGCGAUUUUGUCUCUGGCGGCGUACUGGGUGCCACAUUGGGUUUCCUCUAUUACCCACUUAACGUGUUAAAGGCUCACAAGCAGUCACAGGCGGGUGGAGCCUUCCAGUCAUCACAUGAGGUACUGCGCACCAUCUGGAGCGAGCGAGGUGGGAAAUUGAGCCACCUCUACCGAGGGGCUCAUCUGAAUUACAUCUGCGGAGGCUGUGCUGGGAUGUUCAAUAUUAUGAUCACCUUUCCAGUACAGAAGAUCCUCUUCCGACAGCAGCUGUUCGGUGUGAGCACCACCGAGGCCAUCCGGCAGCUGCAGAGGGAUGGAAUGCGAACCCUCUACCGUGGCCUGCUUCCUCCGCUGCUACAGAAAACCACUUCAAUGGCCAUCAUGUUUGGGAUUUUUAAUGACAUGUCUCGGCUGCUGUCACGACCCGGCAGCAGCCCGGGGCUGUUGACCAGCAGCGUUGCGGCCAUGUUGGCCGGCACUGCGGAGGCAGGUCUGGCCCCCUUUGAAAGGGUCCAGACUCUGCUCCAGGACCAGCGGCACCACGUCUUGUUUCAAAACACAUUCCAUGCCUUCCGGACACUGGUGCGAGAACACGGCGUGAGUGAGCUAUACCGUGGCACAGUGCCAAUCUUGCUACGUAAUGGGCCCAGCAAUGCCCUUUUCCUUGGCCUCCGAGGGCCCAUUAGAAGCAGCCUGCCUCAGACAGAGAACCACGCUGGUAGCGAUUUUGUCUCUGGCGGCGUACUGGGUGCCACAUUGGGUUUCCUCUAUUACCCACUUAACGUGUUAAAGGCUCGCAAGCAGUCACAGGUGGGUGGAGCCUUCCAGUCAUCGCAUGAGGUACUGCGCACCAUCUGGAGCGAGCGAGGUGGGAAAUUGAGCCACCUCUACCGAGUGGCUCAUCUGAAUUACAUCUGCGGAGGCUGUGCUGGGAUGGUCAAUAUUAUGAUCACCUUUCCAGUACAGAAGAUCCUCUUCCGACAGCAGCUGUUCGGCGUGAGCACCACCGAGGCCAUCCGGCAGCUGCAGAGGGAUGGGAUGCGAACCCUCUACCGUGGCCUGCUUCCUCCGCUGCUACAGAAAACCACUUCAAUGGCCAUCAUGUUUGGGUUUUCCAAUGACAUGUCUCGGCUGCUGUCACGACCCGGCAGCAGCCCGGGGCUGUUGACCGACAGCGUUGCAGCCAUGUUGGCCGGCACUGCGGAGGCAGGUCUGGCCCCCUUUGAAAGGGUCCAGACUCUGCUCCAGGACCAGCGGCACCACGUCCGGUUUCAAAACACAUUCCAUGCCUUCCGGACACUGGUGCGAGAACAUGGCGUGAGUGAGCUAUACCGUGGCACAGUGCCAAUCUUGCUACGUAAUGGGCCCAGCAAUGCCCUUUACCUUGGCCUCCGAGGGCCCAUCAGAAGCAGCCUGCCUCAGGCAGAGAACCACGCUGGCCAGCUGGUCAGCGAUUUUGUCUCUGGCGGCGUACUGGGUGCCACAUUGGGUUUCCUCUAUUACCCACUUAACGUGUUAAAGGCUCGCAAGCAGUCACAGGUGGGUGGAGCCUUCCAGUCAUCGCAUGAGGUACUGCGCACCAUCUGGAGCGAGCGAGGUGGGAAAUUGAGCCACCUCUACCGAGGGGCUCAUCUGAAUUACCACCGCUCCCUUCUGUCCGGGGGCAUCACUAAUGCGGCAUACGAAUUUCUAUGGAAGGUCAUGUAA